AUUUAAACCACGCCUACAACUCCUCCUACUUGUGCGCAUGCGUGGUAAAGCAGUCUGCCAAAAAGUCUAGGGCGGUUACUAGGGCGUGGUGGUACCUUUUGGGUGGGGCUCAUUAUCUUCAAAGCAUGCAGUCUCCAUUGCAAAUCAGAUGCAAGUUCUAUAAUGAUUUCUAUGCUUUGAGAGUAUCAAUAUUGAUCAAAGAUCACCCAGUCACUCUUCAAACUGUACCUCCUCAUCUAUUGGAAUGUAAUGCACUGUCUGUCAAGCUUCCUCUGCAGCCAGUCCUGCAGAAACUAUCAACUCUUUUAGCUCAGUAUGGGGUCUCCUCCAUCAUCUCUGUCUUCCCUGAUCCUUUUCCACUCCUUGAGAUAAGUUUUGAGGAUUUUGCAAGUAUCAGGAAGCUAUUAGCUGCUUUUGAUGACAUUACGCCUCAUGUGUGGCUCUUGGUCUGGGAUAGCUUUGCAGCUGAAGCUAAAUAUGCUGGUACUCCAUUACUAAGAGAUGAGAGAGUGGAAAAGAAAAAGAGUGAGAAGGAAGGAUCAGAGAGUGAUCUACGUCUUCAGUACAUGUUUCGUCGUGGCAACAGUUGUCAACUCCUGCUUCUUCACUUUUCGCCAAAUUCAUCGUCAAAGGAGGUCAGGAUCCUUCCAGUCAGUCUUGCUAAUUAUGAGUUGGCAAGAAAAGCAGUGGCUAAUAGCUUGGUCUUUGAUUUUCAGUCUGCAAUGCAAACUUACAAUAAUAUCAAUGGACACCAGUUAGGCUUUAGAGACUCUGUGCUACUUGAUGAUUUAAGAGCAGAACUGAGUUCAGUUUCUGGCUGGUUUCACAUCGGUAUCCUCACUAGAAUGCCACUCUCAACUUUAAUGGGCAUCCUGUUCAAUUUUAGGCACAGAGGAGGGUGUCAUUCACAGUUACUUGGCCUCUGGUAUAGACACAACACUGAUGCUCAAGGGGAGAGUCAAUUAACAUGGAGCAAUGUGGCAAGAGUAAUGAUAACUAUUGGAAAGAAGAGCAUAGCUGAUUCAAUUGCUAGAACAUAUGAUAUUUCAAUAAAACAGGCUGAGCCUUUAGUGAUAGAGAACAAUGGAUCAGCUCAUGCUCGGCUCCUAGCAGAUCCUUUGAUCAAUGACUCUUUGAAGCAAUUGUCACUUAUUGAAGAUAAAAUUAUAGAAAAGAGAAGACUACUCACUUUAUACACACAGCAAAGGAAAGCACUUGACGUUUCAAUUGAGCACCUGAAGACGAAACUAAAGAGCUAUUUAGAGGAUGCACAUUAUGCAUUAAAAAUGAAGAAAGAUGCAGAAGGAGAGAUUGAUAAGCACUCUAAACAGAUACAAGCAUUGAAGAGUAUUUUGGGACCAUUGCCUUCUGAUAUCUUUGAAGAAAAAGAAGAAGAAGAAGGGGAAGAUGUUGAAGCUGAAGAUGAAAAGGGCCAAGAGAAGCAAGAACACACCAAAGAAGAAAGCAAUGAAGAAGCAACACAAUCCAUUAGUGCAGGAGCCCAGAAGCAGCCACUACUUGAUCUGAUGAAGGAGCUGGUUCACUCAAGAAACUAUCAGACGAGUGAUUCUGAGUUAGCCAGUGUUCGCAUCAAUAGCUUGCUCCAACAGAUUGGGUCAGUUUAUGAAAGCAUUGAGAAAGAAUACAACCUCCUUGUGUCAAAAUGUCACCAGAUUAAUGAGCUAGAGCUGAGCAUUGGUCUCUUGGAAUCCGAAGGCUUACUUCACGAGUUAACAAUGGAUCAUCACUUACAGUCUCAAGUGGCAAUUAAAACAAAAUCAGAAACAAAAGUCCUUCGAAUACAGAAAGAAGUCAUUGAGUUGGAGAUGACAGAGGAAAAGAAAGAAGUCUUGACAAGGAACUCUUCUACCAGUAUUCUGAAGGAAGUCACAGAGAAGCAGGAAGAGAUUGAGACUCUUAAUACCAACAUUGAGGACUGGAUGAACAAAUGGAACUCACAAACAAAGGAAGAGAGAGCUCUCAUAAAGGAUGAGGAGAUCUCUCAGCUCCUGGACAGAUUUGAAGAGACUUCAGGCCUACAGAAAUCACUACUAAAGAGAAAGAUGAGCAGUUGGAGUGCAAAGAAAUCUCACAGACUGACAGCAGCUGAAAGGAAUAUACUACAGCAAGUCCUUGACUCACUAAAAGCUACUUCGCCUAUGCCUCCAGAGCCAACAGCAGAUAACUCUGGACCUGUCACUAGUGAUGAUAAAGAUGAAACUGAGGGGCCAGUCAGUAUUCAUCCUGUACCAGUUGAGUGCACACUCUCUUCCAACGAAACAAUUCUUAUCAUCAUGAAUCAGUUUAUCAAGUUUAUGAUUCCUCUUGGCGAGAAAUCGAAACUGAAUCCAAAGAAGCAUCAGUACACAGUCGACAUCAAAUCAUUUGCAAACGACUCGACCGUAAGUCAGGCUCUUAGUUUUGACGAGCCUCCUUCAUCGUCUCUGGUUGCUUCAUUUGUCUUUCAACCAGUGAUAAGGGGACGUCAUCAGCUGGUCAUUAAAUCAAACGGAAAGGCAGUCAAGAGUGUAAAAUCUUAUUCAUUCUAUGCUAAACAAGAUCCAGCUAUGCUUGGGUAUCCAGUCCGUGUUAUAGAGGGACUCAGCAUGCCUUGUAAUGUGGCCAUAGUCCCUAAUUCAACUGCCAUACUUGUCUCUGAGUGCAAGACCAGGAGUGUCACUCUACGCGAUAAGACAAGCGGUAAAGUCCUACAAACAAUAGGGACUCCCCCAACACUACGUCUCCCAAAUGGAAUAGGAGUUGACAAGCAAGGCUUUGUGUAUGUGGUUGAUUCUGGGAGCCAUUCAGUGCACACUUUUAAUCACGAGGGAGAUCAAGUGAGCAGGGUGGGUGGUAAGGGAGAUGGAGAGCCACUCUUUGACUAUCCCUAUGGUAUUCACAUCUCGCCUGUCAGUGGAUGCAUCAGUGUCUGUGACCAUGGCAACAACCGGGUCCAGAUAUUCUCGCCAGACAUGAAAUUAGAGCAGUCACUUCAUGCAGUGACUCCGUAUGACAUAGUGUUUGAUAAGAGAGGGCACUAUUAUGUAACUGAUAACAAGAACCAUUUGAUAGCUGUCUUUAAUGAGAGUCUCCAGUGCAUUAAUAGUAUUGCAGGGAAGGGAGAGAAGAACGGACAGCUGUUGGAACCGAGGGGCAUUGCCGUCAACGAGGAGGGAUUUAUUUUUGUUGCAGAAGAGGGGAAUAACCGUAUCUCUGUUUUCAGUCCACUCGGAGAGUUUGUUGUCUGUUUUGGGCAGGAGGGGAGCCAGCCUGGUGACUUUAGUGCUCCAAAAGGGAUCGCAGUAGACGAUGAUGGCUACAUAUAUGUCUGUGACAUGCUAAACAAUAGAGUGCAAGUAUUUUAAAGAACCGUGUUAUAUAAAUGUUUAUGUUUCGUAAAGACAAAACUUAAUGCAUAUUUUUAAUAUUAUUAAUAGCAUAAAUUAUACAGACACUCACAGUCAAA